UGUUUUUCAAGUAUGUGCCCAAAACAGUCUGUGCACCUUUCAACCAGAUUGCAACACAUGCGUAAACAAAUCAGGAGUCAGUGUCCCUCUGGACUACCAUAAAUGUACUGUCCUCAAAAUGCAGCAAUAAGACCCAGCUGGUUUAGAGUCCCUGGUAGUAGAUGUUGUGAGCCAUGAUGGGGUUUGUUCAGGUUGCUGUGUUUGUGCUCGGACUCCUGUCUGUUGGACACUCGGCUCCUGUGACGAGCUGUGAGACACUGACCCAACAGCUGGAUGUCCCAACGAUAGACCCGUUGUUGGGAAAAUGGAUAUACCAAGCGGAUGUGACAACUGUACCAGGAUCCAAACUGCUGACAAAGCUGCUUGUGAAGAACGUGUGGGCGGAAGUCACUAAGGCUAACGAGAGCAACUCUAUCAACACUUUUCAUGCCCAGAGAACGUUGGGCCGCUGCUUCUCUCUGAAUAUAAAGCAAACGCUGAAAAACAACACUCUCUUUAUGUCGUAUCCUUACGAAGCCUCUCAAAUCCUGUUGAAGACUAGCUGCCCCGACUGCUUAGUUUUCCUGGGAAACUUUAGUAUGAGAGGAAACAGCUACAGAGGUCUUCAGCUCAUCAGCAGAAGACGUACGCUGACUCCUGCUGAAGUUGAGGAGUUUAAGAAGCAGGCAGAGUGUCUGAACUUACCAGCACCUGUUUUCAUAGAUGCGGAAACUGAUCUUUGUCCAGAUGGGUCUGUCACCCAAGACACAGAGAGUGAGACCACUGACCUAACCAGCUUGAUCACUCGUGAAGCAAUUAAUGAGACUUUCACAUUAUUUGACACGAUUACAUCCAGCCAAGACAAGCUGCAGGAGUUUGUCAAACUUCUCUCCAGUGCCAUAAUUCCUGCUUAAGAAAACAGACAAUAUUAAAAAUGUCAUGCAUUGUGAAGAUGCAAUACUGCCAAUAA